AAAAGGUGAUAAGAUGCCCAUCGCAGCCCAUGUCCUCGGAUUUUCAAUUUCAACAAUAAUAAACAAGAGCAAACUCAGUACUCAACAGCCCUGCACCGGACUCUCGCAAAGAGCAGCUCAGUCCCAAGGCCGGGAGGCCGGGGAAGGCCGCCUCCGGAGGAGCCCCCGCAGACGCCAUACUAAAAGCCAAAAUGGCUGCCCCGAGGAAGCCCGCACAGCGUAGCUAGUGAGGGUUGGGGAACAAGCUUCUGCGGGAAAGGGGGAGGGGGACUCUAGGAAGACCCGUCGCAGGACCAUCAUCCCCUGAGCCGCACAGGUUCCAAUUACAACCAUAACCUUAACUUUUAAACUAUAUUUGAAAAAAUAUUGACCAGGAAAAAAUGAUAAAAUUUUUCCUUAUGGUGAAUAAACAAGGGCAGACCCGACUUUCUAAGUACUAUGAACAUGUGGAGAUUAAUAAGCGUACACUUCUAGAAACAGAAGUCAUAAAGAGCUGUCUCUCUCGAUCCAAUGAACAGUGCUCUUUCAUUGAAUAUAAGGAUUUUAAACUGAUAUAUCGGCAAUAUGCAGCUCUCUUCAUUGUGGUUGGAGUUAAUGACACUGAGAAUGAGAUGGCUAUUUAUGAAUUCAUCCAUAAUUUUGUGGAAGUUUUAGAUGAGUACUUCAGCCGAGUGAUAAUGUUUAAUUUGGAUAAAGUACACAUCAUUUUGGAUGAGAUGGUGUUAAACGGCUGCAUUGUGGAAACUAAUCGGGCAAGAAUUCUUGCCCCUCUACAAAUUCUUGAUAAGAUGUCAGAAAGCUGAAUAGAAGGCUCUGCCAAACAGCAUCGAUUUAUGGAAAUGUGAACACCCUUUGAAAAGAAUCUGGAAGACCACCUAUUACAACAUGGGGUACCCUCCCAAACAUUAUAAGUAACUAUUUCCACAGUUCCUAAAUGGAAAAUAAAGCUAUUUUAAAAUAUAUACAAAGAAAAUUUUUUUCUUAACUGAGACGUUUUAUUUUCAGUAACUGUAAACAUAUUUUUCCCACUUCUUCAGUUUUUGGUUUCUGCUUCCCUUUGCAAAUUAAAUUCAGGACUAGUAGGAUGGGGUUGGGAAGGAUGUGUGGAAGUUGUCUAUUAGCCAAUAAAAUUUUCAAAUUGACUCAAACACAUGGCAUUUUGAUUAAAAUAGUCUUCUGGAUGGUCUUAUUUUCCUUAAAAAAGUCUUAAUAAAAUUUGCUUUUUAAUAAACUUUACUAUAAUACAUAUCUAAAGAAGAUUGCAGAAUUAAAAUUUUAUUUUCAGUUCAUAAAAGUCUUUGAUUCCAACUUUUAGGGCAAUUAGCAAUUACAAUGUCAUCAUAUAAUUAACUCUGUAAUGUCACUAUCAAAACAUUAAAAGA